AUGGUUAGAGUUUGUUUGAUUCUUUAGGAAAAUGGCUUUUUGAGAAUACAAGUUACUAUUGAAUGUUAAGAGCCAUUUUUAAAUUAAAAACAUGGAUUUCUGGAGGAGGUUUGUUCAGAAGAAAUUCUUUUCUUUUAAUUUGAAUCUAUUGUGCCUGAAUAGAAAUUGGGGAAUUAACUAGAGGAAAUGAAUACAUUUUUAGGAAUUUAAUUAGAGAAGAAAGAAUAUGAGGAGUAGAAUGGUGAGUUUCAUUUGUAAAGGAAUUUAGAGCCAACAAGAAAAAGAAGAUUAAAAUCAAUGUGA